AUGCCUAUCAGCAGGAACAAGCUUGUUUUACUACUAGGAAUAAUCUGUUUGGAACAAGGAAAAUGUGCAACGCUCUCUCUCCCCAAUGCUCCCUCCUGUGGGCAGAGUCUUGUUAAGCCACAUCUUUGGAAUUAUUUUAACAUUUUCAGUCGUAUUGUUGGUGGAAGCCAGGUGGAGAAAGGUUCCUAUCCCUGGCAGGUAUCUCUGAAACGAAAGCAGAAGCAUAUCUGUGGCGGAACCAUCAUCUCUCCACAAUGGGUGAUCACAGCUGCUCACUGCGUAGCAAACAGAAAUAUUGCAUCAACUUUGAAAGUUACUGCUGGAGAACAUGACUUGAGCCAGACAGAACCAGGAGAGCAAACCCACACCAUUGAAAACAUCAUCAUACACCCAAAUUUCACCACCAAGAAACCAAUGGACUAUGAUAUUGCCCUUUUGAAGAUGUCUGGAAACUUCCAUUUUGGCGAGUUUGUGGGGCCCAUGUGUCUUCCAGAGCCAGGGGAGCGAUUUGAGGCUGGAUUUAUUUGUACAACUGCAGGCUGGGGCCGAUUGACAGAAGAUGGCCUCCUCCCACAAGUCCUACAGGAAGUAAACCUGCCCAUUUUGACCCAGGAAGAGUGUGCAGCAGCUCUGUUAACUCUAAAGAAGCCUCUCAGUGGGGGAACCUUUCUCUGCACAGGCUUCCCCGAUGGAGGAAGGGAUGCAUGUCAGGGAGAUUCAGGUGGUUCCCUCAUGUGCCGGAAUAAGAAAGGAACCUGGACUCUGGCUGGUGUGACUUCCUGGGGCAUGGGCUGUGGUCGAGGCUGGAGAAGCAAUGCAGAGAAAAAUGAUCGAGGAUCCCCUGGGAUCUUCACAGACCUUAGUAAAGUGCUUCCUUGGAUCUACAGACACAUCCAAACUGAGAAUUGGAGAAAGAGCUCCAGAGCCUCAUGCAGUGAGCACGAUGGUGUGGUCAGAAGGUCAGAGGGAGAACUGCACUUCCCAGAAAACCCCCACCUAUAUUAUGAGAGCAACCAAUCAUGUGUCUGGACUCUGUUAGUACCAGAGAAAAUGCAUGUGUUGCUCAGUUUUUCCCACUUGGAUGCAGAGUCUUGUCACCACAAUUACCUGUCAAUACAUUCUUUAGGAGACAGACUUAUUGGAAAAUUCUGUGGAGAAAGUCUCUUUUCAUCUGUUUGCAUUGGCUCUGACUCUAUAAGGCUGAAGUUCAUCUCUGAUAUGACAGAUUAUGCUACUGGGUUCAAUCACAAAGCUCUUAAACCAAACUAUCUUCCUGAUUCAGGUUGUGGUUCCUUAGUUGUCCUUUUUGAAGAGAGCCUCAUACAGAGUCUUCACUAUCCUGAAAACUACAGUAACACGGCUAACUGUAACUGGAUUUUUCAAGCCCUGAAACAUUAUCUAAUUAAGCUUUCAUUUCAGAGUCUGGAAAUAGAAGACAGUGGAGACUGCACUACUGACUAUGUGACCGUGCACAGGGAUGUGGAAAGGAAGAAGGAAAUAGCUCGGUUGUGUGGCUUUACGUUCCCUGCCCCUGUGCUGAGCUCCUCCCGUGUAAUGUUCAUCAGUUUCCAAUCAGAUGAAAACAUGACCUUCAGAGGCUUCCAGGCUACAAUCUCCUUCAUUUCUGAAACAGUACACCCAGAUUUAAACACUUCCACAUCAGAGGAUGAGUCAGCGCUUCUGGAGAAUACAUGGAAUGUACUACCUGAAGAAACUAUCAUUUCUGGUAAGCUGGUCUGGGGAAUGUGA